AUGGCCCAGAGUCUUCGCCGCGUUGUGCUGGCGGCCAUAAUGGCUCUCGUGGUGCUGCUCUUCACGAGCGGCGCACACGUGAGCCGUGCCAUCGUGGAGGAGAUGGAGCUGCCGUUGGAGAUGGAGAUGCCCCGGGUGCCACGCGUUGAGGCCCUCGCGUCCUACACCUUCACCUAUGCGCAGCAGACCAACACGCUGAAGAUGCUGCAGGCGUUCGCUGAUGCGAUGCCUGAGCUGAAGGGCGUGUGGACUGGAUCGUCGUUCUGCGACUGGGAGGGCGUGAGCUGCUUUGGGUCCUCCGUGUACCUUAUGACGUCGUCGCUGACUUCCGGCGGCACGCUGCCCGACGUUCCCGCGGACGUGGACGGCUCGCAAGUGAUGCUGGACACGAUUUCGCUCCAAAACCAAAGGGCUGCUGUGAGCGGCACCCUGCCUGACAGCUGGUCGCGCCUGACGUACCUGACGGUGCUGGACUUUUCGUCGACGAGUGUGUCUGGGACGCUGCCCGCCUCGUGGUCUGCGCUAAAGAGGCUGCAGUUUCUGUCGCUUUUCUCCACGUCGGUGGGCGGCUCGCUGCCCCGUGAGUGGAGCGGCAUGACGUCACUGACAACGUUUGCUGCGUACGGCACGCAGGUGAGCGGUGUGCUGCCCCCUGAGUGGUCUGUGCUGCCCGUCUUGACCAUGGUUCAGCUGCACAAUUGCAAACUUUCCGGAAGCCUCCCUGCCUCGUGGGCGGAGAUGCCCAAACUGACGCGCUUGACGCUGAUUGGCAACGGUUUCUGCGGGUGCGUUCCGGGGUCGUGGAGGACAUCGAGGACGCUGCGUGUGGCGAUCGAGCCGAAGUACUCUGCGAGCACCUGUGCGACUGCGCUGCCGUGCAUUCCCACGACGACCACGACACCGGCGCCGACGACCACCACGACCACGACACCGGCGCCCACGACCACCACGUCCACAACCACGACCACCACGACGACGCGCCACCCAACUACCGCGCGUCCCUCUGAUUUCGCCGCCUUUAUGAAGUCGAUGUGCAACAACACGAGGGGUACAGCGGAUGCGCAGCUGAACACGUACAAGGCCGGCAUCUGCUGCAGUGACUACAACAUCACUGGCGACGCGUGGAAGUGCGGCGAUGCCGUCUUCGACAUGUGGAACGCCACGGUGAACUGCUCUGCGCUUCAGCUGAACAAAGAGUUCAUUUGCUGUGCGAACGUGGAUGAGUACGGCAACCGCGCCUGGGUGGGCUGGUCGUGCAACGGUGCGCACGGCGUUGUGUCCGCGCUGGUGGCGGUUGUCGCUGUCGUCGCCGUGGUGAUGUUGUCGGCGAUGUGA